AUGAAUCUUCCUCGACGGAAGAAGCAGCACCGACAAUCGGAGAUCAGAUGUCCGAUAACGAGUACUACGAAGAGGAUGAAGACGACGAUCGAACUACCUUCUACGGAACCACAGAACAGAAAGGGAAGUGCAAACAAAUCGGUGAAUCAAAAGUGCCGUGCUACCACAUACCACAAAAACCUUUUGGCCAAAUCUCUAGUGCAGUCGUAUCCGAUGUUGGCAUCAAAAGUUUCCGAUAUUCCUCAAGCCUUAUGGUUUUAUGUCGAUGGUCGGGGGCCAGGACGACACGCAGGAAAAAUCCAUUAUCAUUUGGAAUACCUCGCUAAACAAUCUGGCCAAAGAGUUAUCAACAGAAAAUCGGCACCGAAAGAGGAAACGUGUGAAUCAAGCGAGCAUCAGCCACUAGGUGAGAUCGAACUGAUAACUUUGAUCGAGGAAUUGAAAUUUGUCGUUCCAACCGAGGACAAUAAAACUCGGAUUGCAUAUUUAUGGGAUUCAACAUUUGACUACCGCUGCCAGUAUCGUGCGAAUAAAGAUGUUUUUUCGUUUUUGGAAGAAUUUCCUGUUGCCUCGGCGUUUGAUGGCGAGCUGAUUGAUUACGACUUCAAGAAAAUGAAGAAAAACACGGUGGACUUCACCGAUAACUGGAAGCAUUGGCAGGAAAAAGUUUUGCAAGGACAUCGCCACCUAUUCAGAGAAAUAAGUAAUGAUUUUGUACGUGCAUUGGCAAUAAUCCGUGCCAAAAAUCCAACACGAGGCUCAAAGCGCUUGCGUGAUGAGGAGUCAGCGAAGGAGAAUCCGCUUAAAGGAAUUAUCGAUUGGGUUAGCAAACAAAUUUUUGAGGAACUUCACGUGGGAAUCAUCUGCGUGGGGUAA